AUGACGCCCGCCAGCCAGACCGUCUGGCUCCGUAGGAGGCAUUUCUUCGAAGUCAACGAUCAACCAUGGUAUUGCGACGCCUCCCUCUCCCGCAGCUUGAGACAGGUGCUGAACUACCCCUACAGGUUUCCGCAAACCCUCAGAGAAAAAGUCCAAGACUACUUGACCCUCGGUUGGAUCAAUAAGCUGCCAAUCAUCCAGUCCACCUCUCCGGCCGCUCUUGUCGCUCGUGUGCUCUCCACCGUCCUUGGUCCUCGACUCUCCGAGUAUGUCUACGUCGACUUCGCCUCGGGAGCCGGUGGUCCAACACCAUACAUCGAGAAUCACUUGAACAGCGAGCUUCGCGCCACAGGCAAGGAAGCAGUCAAAUUCGUCCUCACCGACAUCAGCCCGCAUGUCAGUGCUUGGGAGGCCGUGGCAAAGAAGAGCAACAACAUCAGCUACAUUCCUCAGAGUGUGGACGCUACAAAUGCUCCUACCCAGGAGACCUUGCUCAAGGAUGUUCCUGGCGCAGAGGGAAAGAAGGUCAUGCGCCUUUUCAGUCUUGCAUUCCACCACUUCGACGAUAACCUCGCUGCCAAGAUCCUCGCCAACACCAUCGACACGUCGGACGGAUUCUGCAUCUUCGAGCUCCAGUCUCGCCAUCUCAGUUCGUUCAUCCUUGUGAGUUUGCUCUGGCCGCUUGCCAUGCUCAUCACACCCAUCUACUUUCUCCGCUCGCCGGGACAUUUGUUCUUCACCUACCUCGUUCCCAUCAUUCCGUUUAUUUGGGUUUGGGACGGCUACAUUUCGUGUCUGAGGACAAGAACGCCCGAGGAAGUCGAAGCUCUCCUUCACCGGCAUGUAGCGAGUGAGAAACUGGCGAAGUGGAAGUUCAAGAGUGGUCAAGCUUGCCAUACCUGGCCCAUUGGCUAUCUCAAUUGGGUCAUAUGCUACAAAGAAGAUUGA